UGCAAUCGCCGCGGAGCGCUCGGCGAUCGUGCGCGAUUCGAACGCUCUGACCACCAUCAUCGCUGCUCACCAUGAAGAUUGUCAUCACAGGCGCUUCCGGAGUCCUGGGCUCUGCCAUCCGCAAGGCCUUCGAGUCCGCCUCGGGCAAAGACUACGAGGUCAUUCCCCUCUCACACUCGCAGAGCGGCAAUGGCCUGAUCCCCCUCGACCUCACCGACAGCGGCAAAGUAGAGGAGCUCUUGAGCAGCAAGAAGCCUGACUGGGUAAUCCAUUGCGCGGCUGAGCGUAGGCCAGAUGUCGCGGAGAAGGACCCCGAAGCUGCUCGCAGGCUCAAUGCGGCAGUACCCGAUCAACUCGCAAAACUUUCGAAGAGUCUUGGGUUCACCUUGACGUACAUCUCGACCGACUACGUUUUUGACGGCAAGAAUCCCCCGUACAAGCCCUCUUCGCCCACCAACCCGUUGAACCUCUACGGCGUCACCAAGCGUGAUGGAGAGAUUGCGGUGCUUGGCGUCGAAGGCGCGAAGGUCAUGGUCCUUCGUGUACCCGUUCUCUACGGUCCCAUUCCGUCUGGCAAGAACUCGGAGUCAGCCAUCAACAUCCUGCUCGACAUCGUGAAGGAUCAGUCUGGCAAGACGUACAAGAUGGACCACUAUGCUGUCCGCUACCCGACGAACGUCCUCGACAUCGGCAAAUUCCUCGAGAAAAUAUCAGGCGCAUUGGCUGACGUUCCAAGCAUCGUCCAUUAUUCUGCGUCUGAGGUCUUCACGAAGUACGAGAUCUGCCAGCUCUACGGCAAGAUCUUGAACGUACCCAUCACGCAUAUCACCGCCGAUGCUGCUGAGCCGAGCGGCGCUAGCGCAGCAUCCCGGCCGCGAGACUGCAAGCUCGAUACUUCCGAGACGGAAGCUUUCCUCCAGAAGCACGGCCUCGGAGGUCUUGACGCAGUUAAGUUCGAGGAGUGGUGGACGCAGUUCCUGGCAGGCAGCAAGUAAAUGCGCCAGCGUGAAUGUGACGAGACGUGUCGCGUCCGAUGCCAGCUUACUCGUAGAAAAGGCAAGACAAUCAUUGUCACCUAGAAAAUUGUACCAAUAUAUACUGUGUAGACUGUAGACAGUGCUAUCUCUUGAGCGGA